UGACAUGGAGAUGAGGGGAAGGUGAUAGUGACCGCCACGCUGUCUUGUGCAGCCUGAGAGAACUUGUCCCCUGUUUUUGGCUUGACAAUACCUGGGGAGGAAUUCUGCGCGUUUUAUGUUAACAUUGCAUCAUACCUUAUUGAAAAAUAUCGAUGCUAGCACACCACGUGGACAUUAGUUGAGGCUAGUCCCGGGUGUUGUGACUUGUGAUUCAGGUGUGUUGAUUUAGUGUCAAUUGGUGCUCCACAUUGAGUCCAUUCUCACUCACGACCGUCAAUUACCAUAAGUGUUCCAAAGUUUACCCAACGAUGGAGUCUCCUAGGUGCGAAAUGAAAUCCUCAGACCCUCCCGCAGGGACGUUCAGUGCCUCAAGAAAAUCCAGUGUCACCAGCACCACCAGCCAAUCAACAGUGCAAUCGAUGGCAGUUCCAGGUCGCACCCAGGGCGACGGUAUGGAGAAUACCCCUCCAAAACUGGAAACCAAAAAAACUCUCAGGGAUACCCUCAUCUAUCAUCCAACGAACCUCAAACAGUCUUCCUGCCUUCCACCAGUCACCCCCACUGGCACAAUAGUCAAUCUCACCCCGAGGAAUGUCAUCCACAGGAAGGAAAAGCUCCUGCAUACCUUGAAGUGCAAGGAACCCAAGUUCGUCCCUUAUGAGCCUUACAAAGCUGCUGUCAAUCCCAUAAUUCCUGUCCAGAAGAAGAAGAAAGGGACUCGAAACAAUCUAGAUAUCAAUGAAAUGGUCGCCCAGGUCUCUAUCCACAAGUCUAUCGAGAUGGAGAAGAAUGAGACCAAGUACGAGAGACCACAGACUGAGGAAGAAGUCGAGCUCAAGGAGUGGCAGCUUGAGAAAAAAGCAUACGAACUCGAGCUGAAAAACCUCAGGGAUGAGAACACCCAGCUUGAGAAUCAGCUCAAGUUCCAGGCACAGGUGAACGGCGAACUGAAGAAUCUCCUGGUGGCAGCGGUUGGAGAAGACUUGGAGACAAGGGUGCACUUGCUGACGGAGGACAAAUUGCAGCUAGCAAGGGCUCUCCUGAACUCAGCUCAGCAUUUGAGUACUCAUCAAGAGCAGACAGAGUGGCUGGCAGGACAGUGUGAAGUCUGGAGGAGUAAGUUCCUGGCCAGUAGCCUGAUGGUGGAGGAGCUAGCCAGGUGGAAAGCUGGACUGUCCCAGAGGACAACAGAUCUACAGGAGAGCAUCAAGAGGCUCCUGGAGGAGAGGAGUAGAGUGAGGGAGACGUCCUUGAGAACAUACAAAACCCUCUGCCUUCUGAGAGAGAAUUUCGACCCUGUGGGGACAAUGAGCUUCAAGAGGCACGAGCUCCCGAGUUCCAACGUCAUCGACUUGGCAGAUGGCUGUUGCCAAGUCGCAGAGAUCCUGAAGGUGCAGCUACUUAGUGGAGUCGAAGAAUACAGGCUGAGGAAGGAGGUAGGCAUCACUGGGCUGGAGAUGACGACUGCUGGAGAGAAAAAGGCUGAGGAGCUGCUCAUGAAUCCUAAUCUCAUGAUGGCUAGGCCUGAUGUUGCCUGCAGUGCUGUCAUGGGGGCUGCUGUGGCUGUCGGGGGGCAGAUGUUCAGGGCAAAGGGUUCGGAGGCCAUGGCCUGUUGUCCUCACUGCAGUGGAGAGGUCAAGCAAGUUUGAUUCUCGGGAUAUUUUUUUCUCUGUACAUUCCAAUGGGACUAUUUUUAGUGACCGAGUAGGGAAUUGACCUGUUAAAUGUGAUUAUAUAUUUCAGGACAGCUAGAUGCUUGUCUCAUUAUUUUUUGGUACUGAUAAUAAAUCCGUGGCGACUGGAGAUAAU